AUGGCCUUACUGUCCUCCAAGAGGCUCAUCCAGGCGCACGCCUUGUUUCUAUUCGUUCUGGCCGUGUACCUAACCAAAUCGCCCGAGGUCAUUACGGAUUCAGACGUGGUGUUUAUGCUUGGAGAAGCAACAAAGAUAGAUGUAUCUCCCGCUUUCUCACGUCCUCAAUCGCCCUUUGCUCUGUGCGGCAUUCUUCUCGUUGCAGAUGCCCUCGUCGACCUAAUUGUUGUAACCCGAGUGCCUCAAUUGAACGAGAUACUGGCAGCGGCGGAUGCGGCAAGGUCCAGGUCCCGGUCCUCCUCUCCUGUUCGACUGAGUCCGCUCGUGGCACGUAUGGCGACACUUUACUCGGAAAUAUGGACUCUUCUCGCGGGAUCACGCUUCUGUCUCUUUUUUGCAGUGUCAUUUUUCAUCUACCAGAGCAAGCCCGCGGCUUGGGGGGUCGACGGGUAUGGCACAGAAGCUGCGGAACAAGUGACUUCUGGUCUAGAUCAUUUGAAAAAUAGAGUAGUCUUUACCUAUGGCUUCCUGGAGGCGAUGUUCUGGUUCUGGAUUUUCCUUACCCUCCGUGAAGAGCGGCAGCAAGCAGCAGCUCGCUUUGUGGCAUCAUAG